GCAGGAGCAGCAGCGUCGCCCGCCCGCCCCUCUGCGCGGCUGCCAGCUCCAAGGGCGUGGCAGGGCAGGGUCCCCAGCGCCCCGCAGACAAAGCUCCGGCCCCAAGUGAUCACUUUCUGAGGGGGCCCUCCAUCCCCUAAGGCAGUUAUUUGGAGAGCCAGAGCUGAGGCGAGGGCUGAAGGGCUCCCCACAGCCGCCCACCAGGGCCCUCCCGGGGCUGGGUCCCGAUUGGAACGUGAGGAGGGCGGAGGAAAGUUGGGGUCGGGGUCAAGGCGCCCGGAGCGAGGAAGCUGGGGCUACUGUCCGCGUCUCAUGAAUAUGCAGGAGCCACCUCCCUCCCUCCGUGACGUCACGGGCCGUCCCGGGGUGAGCGCCAGAGCCGCUCCGGGUCCGAGCCAGUGAGCGCGGCUGCUGCCGGCGAGCGAACGGCGCGGCGGCUGUACCGGAGGCCGAGCGCGGCGGCGCAGAAGCGCACGCAGCGGGCAAGGCUGGGCUGUCCGCUGCCGGGCGGGCACCUGGAGGGGCAGCCGGCGCGGUUAGUAGGCGGCAGAGACCGCUCGUUGGCGGCGGCUGCGCGAGGAUGCUGACCAGGAGGCUGUGCUGGGUGCCGCUCCUGCUGGCGCUGGGCGUGGGGAGCGGCAGCGGGGGCGGCGGCGGCGGAGGGGGCAGCCGGCGGCGCCGCCUCCUCUCGGCUAAAGUUAACAAGCACAAGCCAUGGAUCGAGACUUCGUACCAUGGAGUCAUUACUGAGAACAAUGACACAGUCAUUUUGGACCCACCACUAGUAGCCCUGGACAAAGAUGCACCAGUUCCUUUUGCAGGAGAGAUCUGUGCAUUCAAGAUCCACGGCCAGGAGCUGCCCUUCGAGGCCGUGGUGCUCAACAAGACCUCAGGAGAGGGCCGGCUCCGUGCCAAGAGCCCCAUCGACUGUGAGCUGCAGAAGGAGUACACAUUCAUCAUCCAGGCCUACGACUGUGGUGCGGGGCCCCGGGAGACAGCCUGGAAGAAGUCACACAAGGCUGUGGUCCACAUCCAGGUGAAGGACGUCAAUGAGUUUGCUCCCACCUUCAAAGAGCCGGCCUACAAGGCUGUGGUGACAGAGGGCAAGAUCUACGACAGCAUCCUACAGGUGGAGGCUGUGGACGAGGACUGCUCCCCGCAGUACAGCCAGAUUUGCAACUAUGAAAUUGUCACGACUGAUGUGCCUUUUGCCAUCGACAGAAAUGGCAACAUCAGGAACACUGAGAAGCUGAGCUAUGACAAGCAACACCAGUACGAGAUCCUGGUGACCGCCUCCGACUGCGGACAGAAGCCUGCUGCUCAGGACACCCUGGUGCAGGUGGACGUGAAGCCAGUUUGCAAGCCUGGCUGGCAAGACUGGGCCAAGAGGAUUGAGUACCAGCCUGGCUCGGGGAGUGUGCCCUUGUUCCCCAGCAUCCACCUGGAGACAUGCGACGGGGCCGUGUCCUCCAUCCAGAUCACCACAGAGCUGCAGACCAAUUACAUCGGGAAGGGGUGUGACCGGGAGACCUACUCCGAGAAAUCCCUUCAGAAAUUAUGUGGAGCCUCCUCUGGUAUCAUUGACCUCCUGCCCUCCCCCAGUGCUGCCAUGAACUGGACCGCGGGACUGCUGGUGGACAGCAGUGAGAUGAUCUUCAAGUUCGACGGCAGGCAGGGUGCCAAGAUCCCUGACGGGAUUGUGCCCAAGAACCUGACGGACCAGUUCACCAUCACCAUGUGGAUGAAACACGGCCCCAGCCCCGGUGUGAGGGCGGAGAAGGAAACCAUCCUCUGCAACUCAGAUAAAACUGAAAUGAACCGGCAUCACUACGCCCUGUAUGUGCACAACUGCCGCCUGGUCUUCCUCUUGCGGAAGGACUUUGACCAGGCUGAUACCUUCCGCCCUGCAGAGUUCCACUGGAAGCUGGACCAGAUUUGUGACAAAGAGUGGCAUUACUAUGUCAUCAAUGUGGAAUUUCCUGUGGUUACCUUAUACAUGGAUGGAGCAACAUAUGAGCCAUACCUGGUGACCAACGACUGGCCCAUUCAUCCAUCUCAUAUAGCCAUGCAACUUACGGUCGGCGCAUGUUGGCAAGGUGGAGAAGUCACCAAACCACGGUUUGCCCAGUUCUUCCACGGCAGCCUGGCUAGUCUCACCAUCCGCCCUGGAAAAAUGGAGAGUCAGAAGGUGAUUUCCUGCCUGCAGGCCUGCAAGGAAGGGCUGGAUAUUAAUUCCCUGGAAAGCCUUGGCCAAGGAAUAAAGUACCACUUCAACCCCUCGCAGUCCGUCCUGGUGAUGGAAGGUGAUGACAUCAGGAACAUCAACCGUGCCCUGCAGAAGGUCUCCUACAUCAACUCCAGGCAGUUCCCGACCGCGGGCGUGCGGCACCUCAGAGUCUCUUCCAAAGUCCAGUGCUUUGGAGAAGAUGUGUGCAUCAGCAUCCCUGACGUGGAUGCCUACGUGAUGGUGCUGCGGGCCAUGGAGCCGCAGAUCACCCUCCAUGGCACAGACCGCUUCUGGAGACCCGCCACCCAAUUUGAAAGUGCCAGAGGGGUGACCCUGUUCCCUGACAUCAAGAUUGUGAGCACCUUCGCCAAAGCCGAGGCCCCCGCCCCCAAAUCAGCAGUCUUAGAAGAAAUGCUUCACAACUUAGAUUUCUGUGACAUUUUGGUGCUGGGAGGGGACUUGGACCCAAGACAGGAGUGCUUGGAGCUCAACCACAGUGAGCUCCACCAGCGACACCUGGACGCCACCAACUCCACAGCAGGCUAUUCCAUCUACGGUGUGGGCUCCAUGAGCCGCUAUGAGCAGGUGUUGCGCCACAUCCGCUACCGCAACUGGCAUCCGGCUUCCCUCCAGGCCCGGCGGUUCAGGAUCAAGUGCUCAGAACUCAAUGGGCGCUACACCAGCAAUGAGUUCAACUUGGAGGUCAGCAUCCUCCAUGAGGUCAGAGUGCCAGACAAGGAGCACGUCAGCCACCUUAUCGUGCAGCCCCCCUUCCUCCAGUCCGUCCAGCAUCCCGAGUCUCGGACUAGCAUCCAGCGCAGUUCAGUGGUCCCAAGCAUCGCCACAGUGGUCAUCAUCAUCUCCGUGUGCAUGCUCGUGUUCGUGGUGGCCAUGGGCAUGUACCGGGUCCGGAUCGCCCACCAGCAUUUCACCCAGGAGGCCGAGGCUGCGAAGGAGGCUGAAAUGGAUUGGGACGACUCUGCGCUCACCAUCACAGUCAACCCCAUGGAGAAACAUGAAGCACCAGGGCGUGGGGAAGAUGAAACUGAGGAAGAGGAGGAGGAGGAAGUAGAAGAAGACAUAAGCUCCAGCAGCAGCGACUCAGACGACAGCGAUGAGGAGGAGGUGGAGGAAGGGGCAGGCAGGGGCAGACAUGGGGAGAGUGGCGCCAGGCAAGCCCAGCUGGAGUGGGACGACUCCACCUUCCCCUACUAGUGCCCGCUGUCUGCGCCCGCCCACCUGUCCCUUUUGUAAGCCACACCUGAUAUAUGUGAGCCUAUCACUGUCGCCUCUGAUUUCGAUGACACCCUGAGCAGCCCUUCCCCAGCUUCCUGGAACCCACCCUUCCUCCCUUGGGCACUCCACGUGCCCCAGCCCUGGGCUGGUUCCAAGAAGCCCAGCACAUCCGCAGUGGGGACUUCAGGGUGGGCUUUGCCCUGCAGUCCUCACUGCUCCUGCCCUGGACUCCCCCGGCGUCCUGUCGGCCAGUCUGCAGAGUUCUGCCUCUGCUCUUCUCUGCGGGGGAGAAGGCCAGCCUUUACAUCAGUCACCUCCCCGGGCUCUGUGUUCCCAAGGCCCUUGGGUCCCAAUCCGCUGUGUGUGCACCUGACUCAGCAGUCUCUUCACACAGACCAGCAGGUUCUCUGGUGGCUUCAUCCAGGCAGGGUGGUCGGACUUUACACACCUGAGAUCGUGGUCCUUAACUUUAAAGGAAAGUCCUUGUUGAGGCUGAAUUAAGUUCAUAGGGAGAGGUUCACACACUCAUGCACACGUGCACACACUCUCCCUAGUUUGGAGAUCCUUUCCCUUUGACCUUUCUGAGGCCAUAUAAAGCCUAUUAUGAGAAGUACAAAACCUUGGCCACAGCAGGGCCUGGUCCCCAGCCAAAGUGCUCUGAGUCUGUCUGCCUGGGCAGCUACUGAGACCCACGUGGCUUCCCUGCUGGCAACUCAUACCCAGUGAAACCACAGGAUCCAGGAAGCAUCCCACACAGGCACUGCCCCAGAGAAAGCUGUGAAAAGUCUGCAGCUGGGGAUCAGAAGGAAGGGCUGACAAGGUGACACCACUGGGCUUCGUGGUGGACAUGGGUCUGGGAGACAGGGUGGCUGGGUUCUCCUGGGCCAGAGGGCAGCCCAGGUGGGCAAGGCUCAUGCCACCUAGUCUUAUGAUUCUCAUCCCCUAUUUCACCCUGGUUUACCUCUUAAGAAAAUGCAUUCCUCUUGGAUGUAUUAGAACAAGCGUGAACUGCAUUAAGUCUAAAAUGAACGCUUGAAAACUUAACUGCUAUGAAUUAGAAACAUUUGCGAUAACAGCUGCUUCUUUCUUCUUGUAGAAGGAGCAGUGCUUUGGGUGGAGGGCAAAUAUAUCUGAAAACCUAAUUUAUUUAUUUAUUUUAUUAUUUUUUUAAUAAGGAAAUCUUUUCCAUCUCCUUCCUAACAUGGACACCUCAUGGGGAGAAUUGUUGCUAUAGUAACUGGUCUGUGAUCUUUUGUGGCCAAGAGAAUAGCAGGCAAAAAUUAGGGCCAUUAUAGGACCUCCAUGAGGCUUGAAUGUCUCAGGCUUUGUCCUCAGCACGUGUGAUCUGUCCCUGUCCCCCAGUCUCCUCCAGCUCAUUUCAUAGUGACUUGGCACUGGUACCAAGCUGGUCCCUAGUUACAGUGGUGUUUGGAUUCAAAAGAAAGUUCAGAAUCUAUUCAUUUUCUUUCCUGUGUCCUCAAAACAGAGCUUCUGAAGAGGACCACUGUCAAUGUCCUCUAGUCUGACCUUCACCCAGUGAGGACCCAGGAUAAGCCUUGGCAUCCUUCUGAUUCCAGAAAACUACCUUAUGCAGCUUUUCCAUCACCUAAAGUGUUUUUCUGCAUCUGUUCCUUCCUGUGAGCUUCACGGUAACUCUGUGAGGCAGCUAGGACAUCUGCUGUCAGGCACACUUUCAUUAUGAGUAAACUGAGGUUCAGAGUUUCAAGGGUCUUGCUCAGAGUCAUUCAGAGACACAGACAAGUCUGAACCCCCACCUCCACUUUCUACUUUUGGUUCUACUUAUGUUCAUAUUACGCAGCUAACAGGCAUUGUUGAGGACCUAGUAUGUGCUGAUCACUCACCCAGCAGCAGUGGGAAAGGGAUGAAGCUGAAUAAAAGAAGCUCCCUGCUCAGAGGACCUGAUGGUUGCAGAAGAGACACAAAGGGGCAUGGAAAUUAUACAAGAGACAGGCACAGAGGGAGGGAGAACAGUCACAGGAAGAAGAGGCACACAUUCACAGACUCCUCCGGAGCUCUUAUUUUUCCUUCUUAGGGAAAAAUACUAGCAGAAGUUUAGAGUUUUAUAUGCAUUGAAUGGAAAUAGACACUUCUGUGAAUUCUCCCAACCAAACAGCCCUUUGCUACCCUGCUGUGUCUGCACAUCCACAAGGAGAAAAUCUGCAGGAUGGUGUAGUCUUCUCCAUCCCCUCAGUUCAAUAGGAAGAGACUCUUCACUGGGGCAUUUAGGAGCGAACAGAAUUCUCCCAAAAUUAUGGCAGUAAAAAUGAACACUUUACGUGUUGAAAACCAGUUCUUUUUCAAUUUGAUUUAAAAUAUGUAAGUCCAGCUCUCACGAACGCACUCCUCUCUGCUCAGUCUUUGGGUUUGGCUGGCGUGGGGAAAUGCUCUGCACCCUCUGUCUGUCUCCGACAGCCACGUUGCUGCUCAUGGCUGAGGGAGCUGUUGGGCAUGUGAGAUCGUUCUGUGUCUUGGGGGGGGCAGGGAAUAAGUGAAAGCGGCACUUGGCUAGGGCAGCAGAGUCGUGGGUUGGACUUACAGGUAGAGAAACAAGGGGUCGUCUGAGCCCUUUUGUAGAAGUCCUGCUGUGAAAGGUCACGCUCUGCUCUCUGGAGCUUGAAGAUAGGUAGGCUGACACCUCUCCAGUGGCUCAGGAGACAGGAAGGAGGAGGAGGAAGAGGUUGAGACAGAAAAGGCCAGCACUGAAUGAGUUGCCUUAGUGGCAUAAGCCAAUCCACAGCCAGUCACUGAUCUUAAAGAAUGCUGAAAGUAUGUGCUAGUAGGUUUAAUCAAAUGCUAUAAAUCUGACCAAAGCCCAAGUUCACCUAGAUAACAAAAUGUGAUUUCCCUGAGACCACUUUUCACUUUCACUUUCCUGAGUGCACUCAAUCCUAUCCAGCAGGGCGUAGACCACAGAUCUUUGCCUGUGGCAAGGGCUGUAACUUGUAGACACAGACCAUCCAGGGAGAGGGCUCCUGGUGGGCAGCUGUGCUCUCUGUUCCUGCACACAUUCUGGGCUCGGCAAACGUGGUCUGUAAAGAGCCAGAUAGCAAAUAGUUUGGGCUCGGCAGGCCAUGUGGUCAGCAAGCCUUCCACUCUGCCCCUGGAGCAUGAAACCAGACAGACAUUUCUUAAAUAAGUGAAUACGGUUACAUUCCCAAAUAACUUGACUUAUGAACACUAGAAAAAUCAAGCAAGUUGAAUUCAUAUUAUUUUCUCUUGUCACGAAAUGUUAUUACUCUUUGGAUUUUUAUUUUCAACCAUUUAAAAAUGGAAAAGCCUCCCCGAGCCCACAGGCCCCAUAAAAACUAUCAGCCAGCCGGAUUUGGCCCUCGGGGCACACACAGUCUGCAUGCUCCUGCCUAUGUGUGUGGAAAACAGCCCUCCAUCUGCCAAGAGAAAGCAGAUCGCUGUCUUAGACCCUCCCUUAAAUCUCCCCGUGGCUUUGCUUCAAAAAUGAUCAACAAACAACACCGCAGUCUUUAAUUAAGCAGUUUUAAAAGUCUGUGUUUGGAGGGAAAUGAAAGUGAAAAGGACACUUGUUACUUGUUGAAUUGACUCAAAGGUGGUCAAACGUCCCUCCAGAGCUGGAGGCCCUGCAUCCUGGCACUGACUGCGUGCCAAGCGCUAACCCCACUGAGCUGGACUCCCAGAUGCAAGGCCUUCUCUGCAAGACUCAGCCCAUCAUGAUUUCUAAGACAGAGUGUUCAUUAUUUCAGACUGAUUUCUAUUUCAGCCCAGCUCACUCUAAAAAUGGUUAUCUAAAGGCUUGUGACUGUUUGAAUCUAUAGUGACAUAAUCAGUAGAAAGCCCGGCCCAGCAUACUUCAACAUUAGCACUCUUCUUGGCUCUACGAUUCAACAUUAGCAAGAGGAAGAAGAGGAGGUCUUUUUCUUAAGCAUCCCUCAUUUAAAUGAACCAAAUCAGUCUUUUUAAGAAAGUGAGGGGGUGCGUCUAAUUCUUUGAAAGAAUUUACCAGUGCAAACAAAGUAGAUGCUUUUCAGCUAAGAUCAUUCACAGGCCUUUGGGAGACCCUUAAACCCUCCUGCCAUGGACUGUGAUGGGCUGCUGACAGCACACGGUUCUCUGUCUGCAUCAGACUCCUCAAGGCUGAUGAGCAGAAGCCCUUGGCACAACUUAAUUCGUAUGUGGCCACUUUCCCUUGUCCAGCUGUAUGCAAUGGAAAUGAGCAAUGAAAGUUUUGAAACUUCCAGCACCUUCAUUUCCCUGUCUUUAUUUACUUUACUUAGUAAGUUGAUUGUGUACCUGCUUUGUAGAUCUUGCUCCAGUGUUUCUUUUGAUAACUUUCCUCAGCAGGAAAGGAAAGUUGGCUUUACAGGGGCUGUGGACUCAAAGGCAGAUUUGACUCUCCCAGGGAGACAAAAAGAGACAGCAGAAGUCACCUCCACCAGCACCCCAGAAAGCUCUCUGACACUUCCCGUUUCAGAGAGCAGACGGUAUCUGUUUGCAGCAAUGUUCCAAGUCAUUCAGCAGAUCCUUGCUGAGCACCCAUGGUGUGCCAGGCCCUGUGCCAGGAGUGGGGAGGGAGGAAGAGGGAGCCUUGGCCCUGCCCAUGAGGAGCUCCUUUGCAGUGUUACAGGCUGUCUAUGAGUAGUCAGAACUGUUGCGGAUGGAAGUCAGCAGCUGAGACAGGUGGGAUCGCUUGCUUUGGCCAUUCUCCACCCUGAGACAGGUGGUAGGUAUCCUCCUGGGAGCCCUGAUACAUCUCUGAGCCAAUGCGACCCUCUGUGUUUCUCAGUUCUACCCCAGUCUGACGCAGCUCACUGGUAGAUGACAGCCAGUCAUCCUGCCCAGUGGGCCGAAAUAAUGUGACUCAUUAAGAGUUAAGUGAUACUAGCCCAAAGGAAGUUCUGAAGGUCAACAGCAGGCAACUUCAAAAGUUAGGAAGGGUGACCCAGGUAUGUGAGCUAAAGCCAAUGCCCUGAAUCUGCCUGAUGUGAGGUGCCAUGUCGCAGCUGAAGAGGGAAGAAAGGCCGCACUUCAGAGGGCCUGCUGAGGGGCCACACCUGAUGCUGUGAAGCAACAUUCUCCAGAUACACACCUGGACCAGCAGCAUCAGCAGCACCUGAGAGUGAGUGAGUGAUGCAGAUUCUCAGGUCCCACCGGAGACCUCCUGAAUCAGAAUCUCCAGGAGUGGGGCCCAGCCACCCAUGUUUUCCUGAGCUCUCUGGUGCUGGUGCCCCCUAAGGUAUGAGAACCAUGGAUGCAGAAGAGGAGGAGAGUGACUUAGGCUGGCUCUGGGAGGAGAUGACAGCAAAAGAAAAUGAUCAACUGCUGGUGAGGAAAGGGGGCCACCAGGCCCCAAUCCACAGUCCCCCAAGCAGGGUUUCAGAGCACCCUGGUCCUAGUCCCAGUUGCACUCCUCCCCUCAGACAGGAGCUACUUCCUGCUGGUCUGGCCCUUUCCAUCCUGCAGAGGCUGUAACAAGGCCACCUAUCCCUUAGGGAGGCCCCCAUCUGGGUCCUUCCUCAAGGGCUGUACUUCAGGGGAAAACAGUUAAACUGCAGCAAUGACCUUGCAUCAGCAGGAGACCCCCAGUCCCCACAUGGCCUCUGUGCUGAUGGAGCCACCUGGGCCUGGAAGACAGUGGCAUGGUCAUUUAAGGACACUGCAGGUAGCUGCAGCACUGCUCCCUGUGUGACAGGACUGGGCGCACAGUGGCAUAGUCCCGGCACUGAAUCAGAUAGGAGACAAAUGGCUUUCUUGCAAGGGCAGUAACUCUUUCUGGAUGUCACUGAAAGUGGAAAACAAAAACCAAACACAAACCUGCAGCCUUCCCUACAGACCAUCUGUCUUGGCCCUUGAAUUUCUAAGACCAGGCUCCAUCAUUGCUCCUUGUCCCCAUCGACCAGAUGCCUGAGGUCUGCCAAUUAUUGAUUUAGGUUUGUUUUUUUUUUUUAUUUAUGGCUUAAACCAUGGAGAUCCACAAAGCUCUGGGAGGACUAGCUGGUGCUCUAUGAGUCAUUCACAACUAACUAUGGGAUAGUCUGCCCUCACAUAAAGAUUUCUGAGACUGGGAGUCCGAGGACUGAGGUACUGGGCCUUGGAGUGGGAAAACUAAAAACAGAAAUGAAAGGAAAAAACAGGCUGGGAAAGAGCCCAGACACAUGGCCUUAGAGAGCUAGCCACCGCCAUAUUUACUCCUAAGAAUCCCAAUCCCCUCAGGUCAGAGACACGUUCCUGGUCCUCUCCAGUCUUUUUGCUGAGUCCUCUCAAGUGCUCCACGGACACCUCCAUUUUUCCAGCCCAAUCUGGAAAACAUCUGAUUAAAUGGCGCACUGAUCUCCUCAGACCACAGAGAUCCCAUGGAGAGGAACUCAUCUCUAACAGAUAAGACAAUGCUAAGGGGAACCAACAGGGCUUGCCAGUUGCUUGCUGGUGAGAGAGAUUGGGAACACCAAACCAAGAAGGAAGGGUAAAGUACUUCUUCAUGCCACUUACAUCCAGAGAAUUUUUUCUUCACAGCCUGGCCACUUUUUGUGAAUUCUCUGAAGAAACAUAUUUUUCCCUGGACUUUAAGGCAAUUUUAUGUGUUUCCCUGAGGUUAGUCAUUUAUUGCAAAAAGCCUGUUGUGGGAGAAAAGGACAAGGAAAGGGAUGUCAGGCAGUUGAUGGAGAGCCCUCUGGUAGUUCUGCAAGCAGGAGAGGCUCUGUUCUCACUGGCAGGUGAGACAGGGAGAUGCAUGGACUGAGGGUGAGGGGCUCAGAUCCAGCCAGGACACCAGGCAGAGUGAGUGAGUCAUGAGAGGACAUUCAUGGGGAAGGCCAGGCCCAGGUGAGAUUUACGUGAUGCCUCCCUGACAGACCACAUCAGCCAUUCACACUCACAGGAAUGUGCAGAGAACCAUGUCCUGGCACCAGCUAGUUCCUCCCAUUCUAAGGAGUAGAGAGGAUCUGGGACCUCUGGACUACUGAAGUGACAUCUUCAGAGUCAGGGACCUUCCCCAUGAAAAUUUUCAGUUCAGUGAAAUAGAACCACAGCCGUCUGCCCUCCCCAGGCCCUUGAUAGGGUAUCUGAUGAGGGCCCUGGAACUCAUGGUUGUGUGAGGCGAGAAUGGCCCCCCACUCUUGCCCCCUUGGCUGCAUAGGUCCCUUCCUCCAGGCAAGGAGACUAACUUUUCUGUCACAGUGCCUGAGGUGUCUAGCAUGGCACCUAGCCCAUAGCAUGCGCUCUGUAAACUUUGAAGUAUAUGGCAUGUCAGAGAUUGUUUGACUUCAAUGAAUGGACAAGGUUUGAAAAAUGGAGAUGCUUCAGGUGGAAAAGGAGUGGAAAUGCAGUGGAUGGAGGAGAACAUUCCUGCUUAACAAAGGGGAAAAGAACAGGAGUCAGGGUGCUGGGGGAGUAACCCCCUCCCAGCUAUAGCCAGUCAAAGGAACCGCUAAGCAAGGGCAAGCCUGGGUGGGCCUUGAUGGUCCCCUUGCUCUGCUCUAUAGGCCAUGGGCAGCAUCCUGACUGAGAGAGAGCCUCCAUCUGUUGAUGACCCCAGGGCUGUGCUGCUCUCCAGUCCCUUUUAUCAGAUUCACUGCAGAGGAGAUUCAUCAAGGUGAAGCUCAAUUCCCGGUAGACUAAUGAAAAGAGGACAACAGACGUGCAAAGAGCCAAAAUGCAGACAGUGUGUAUUAAUCACAGGCAAGAGAAACAUGUCAGCUUUAAUGUCUAUUUGCUUUUAUCUUGAAAUGAAAAUGCAUCUCUGCUGCCCAGAUCCUUUUUUUCUGAGCAUUUCAGAACAGGAAUGGGACAUGCAUGCACACACAGAUAGCACUGAGGAUUCUUUUCCCCAACAGAAAGAGCCAUCAGAGACACGAGCCCAUAGGUUGUAUCUAUUUGCAGAAGCAGAGAACCAACCACAAAGCUCAGCUACAGACUCCAGUCCCUGUGUGGGGAAGGGAGGGAUAGGGCUGAGGAGGCAUCCGUGUUUGGGACGUGGGGGGCUUCACUUGUGCCUGUGGGUCACAGAUGUGAAUGUACUCUGCACAUCCACCCCUGGACACAAAAGUGCACCGAUCCUGGUCAUGUGGACCCCUUCCCGCCCCGCCCAUCACCCCAGCUCCCCAAUAUAACUGCAAAGGAGCAGCUGAUGUGCUGGAUUCAGAAGAGGUCAUGUUCAUCAUCCCUAGUAAACUUCAAGUGGCAGAAAAAAGGCAAAAGUUUUUUGGAAGUCAGGAAGUUAGACUUGAAAUCCAGGGCUGAUCACUCAAAAAGCAAGAAAAGGGAGAUGGAGAUGACUCAGUGUUGGAGAGGGAACAGGUGAGGUGGAAUCAGAAUGACAGUAACCAAAACACCCCUCACCCAGGAAGUCAGAGCAUGGCUGUCUUGAAAGCUGCAUCCAAGGUUCAGCACACUUCCUGGGUACAUCUGGCAGUGUGACCACAGAGGCAGCCAGGUCAAAUGCUUCCAAAGUCGGAGCUGUUGGGAAGGUGAUUUCAGUUCUUAAUUGAGGUAGUCAUGAUGUAUCACGCCACUUGAUGGCUUCCAACCUGACCUUGGUGACUUCCAAAAAUGGUUUUUGUUCCCUGAGCUCAACUGGCUUGGGAGGAGAUUAAAGAAAAUCAGCUGGUGAGUUUAGAGAAGAAAAGUGCAUGUAGAAGUUGGUUGUUUUCAAAGAAACCUGUAAGUGUUAAGAGUUGGCUGUGCUGUGUUAUUGGCAUGGACAUUAUAAUGUCAGUAAGGUAAGAUUCAGAAUGACUUGGUGGCACCUUUGUUUGAAAUAUUAGUUAAUGUAUUAAGUAUAAAUGAUCAAAGAUAAGUAGGCUGAGGACAGCUAAAUAUAUGCAUCAUAUACAUACACCUAUCUAUAAUAGAGAAAUAAGUAAGAUAUACAAUGAAGUUGUCAAUGGUCCCAACAAAUUUUAAAUUCCACAAAAGCACUAGUAUGGAUGUGACACUUUUUCAUAUUUUUGUUGUUUAGUUUUAGUUCUCAAAGUACUGGCAACAGUCACUGGCACAUAGUAGGUAAGCUUUUGGAAAUGGAAGGUCCGCUUGUCACCAGUUGGUAGACACUCAGGAGCAUCAUUAUA